CGAACAUCAAACAGGAGAAGACCCGUCGUCCACACCGCCCCUCACAUGUCGUAAAUGUGGUGCUAAAUUCACUCGCAUCGACUCCCUCAAGAAACACGUUCGAGGUCGUUGUCGUGCUGCGGCCGUAGAUGCUCAAGCGGUUCUAGUUGCGGCGCCCUCAGAGCCUCCCGCUCCCCCGGCAGAGCGACCGCCAGAUGUUCGCGGAGGCGUCCGAGGGAGCUCCCGCACCGCCCAGGCAAAAGAGGCUGCGGGGCGAGGACGGGGCCGAGGGCGGGGGCGAGGGCACAGCAGGCCCCGGCCUGAACACCAAAGAGAAGCAGCUGAUGAAGGAGAUGGCCAAACUGAUCCUUCAGCACGAGGACAUCCACAGGUCGAACGCGCGGGACGGCAACGUAGUGCUGGAGAUGGACGGCAAGAGCAAGCUGAAGUUGAGCCUGGACCGCUCCGUCGCCUCCUACGACAAAGAGGGCAAGGCGGCCAAGGCCGAGGCCGAGGAGCAGGACGAGACCUACCUUGGCAACCCGCAGGGGAAGAAGCCCGACGCGUUCCUGAGGGCGAUCCUGUACCACCUGCACGUAGCGCUGAAAGAGAACACCGAGCUGGUGGGCGCCGACAUGAACGAGAGCGACGCCUCGGCCGUGAAGAACGCCGCGGAGAUUGUCAACGCCGCGGGCGCUCGCGCUCCCCAGAAGAACUCGUUCCAGGCGACCCGCUGCUUCAUGAUAGAGUGCAAAGACGAAGAGAAGGACGGCAAGGUGCGCUGGAUCCUGGCGGCAGAUCGGCACAGGCAGGUGGUCGAGGCCAUCCGCGCGCUGAAGCCAGCCAAGAAGUGGCAAGAGAAGAUCGGUCUCGUGAUCGACGACGACUACGCCCCGAGGUCCAAGUGCGCCAAGAAGGUCGAGGAGUUGGCAUUCAAGGCCAAGCCCAAGGCCAAAGGGAAGAAGAAGUAAGACUGCGACGUUUACUCGGUAUGCUACCGCAUAGCUCCGCCUGAGCGGGUAUACGCCGUUCACAUGUUCUAAAAUAGUUUAGAAAAUGUUGGCAAGCCAGCUGAGUUCCCUGAGGCCCGCAGUUGUAAGUUCGUGAGUGUGUUUCACUCGGUUUUUGUGUCGCUUCAGCUUGCCACCAGUGCGUCGGCUAGAGGGCCGUCACCUGAUGCGCGAUGCUACUCACCAGAGGGUGAGAGUCUCGCGUGUUGCGUCCAAGUACGUGCACGCGCGCGGGUCUCCCUUUCGGCAGGCUCAGUGAAGGCUCGCAAGACCUCUUGACCUGGGGUGGCGG